AUGAUCUCUCUCUCUCUCUCUCUCUCUCUCUCUCUCUCUGCUUAUCACGUGGCUAACCUCCUCGGUUUUCUCAAAUGUUCUUAUCUCAGAAAAUACUUCCCCACUCUUUCUCUCUCUCUCUCUCUCUCUCUCUCUCUUUCUAUCUCUCUCAUUCUCUCUCUGCAGGAAGGUACACUUCUCUCUCUUCCCUCACUCAUACUCUAUCUCUUUCGACGACUCGCUAACCUCCUCCUCGGCUUUCUCGUUUUUCCUACCACCUUAGCCACUUCGGAGGCCGCCGCUCUCUUUGCUCAUCAUUCUCUUUACAAACGACUGAAGCUCACCAACCCUUGCGUCCCCCACUCUCUCAUUCUCUCUCUCUCUCUCUUUCUCUCGUUCCCUCUCUUUCUCUGUCUCUCUCCUUACCACCCAAAACCAAGAGUUAGUUCAUCUCUCAUCGCAAAAGGAGAAGUUGUUGCUUAA